UGAGCCCGCGCCCCCUCCGACAACUGAAACGUCAGGCGACAUCGAUAUCCCCGCGGUCCCCGGGCCGGCCUAGGGGUCAUGCCCGAGGGGAGAGGGACCGUGGGUCCCCUAGUGAGGGGCUCGGAGACCGCGGGGCCCCUCCCGGGUCAGCCCCACGGGGACCGGGGUGCUUGGCUCCCGGCCGGAUUGCGCACGGCAAGGGGUGCAGGGCGACGCCCGGCCCGAGGUCCCCUCAGCAGACAUGGAGGAGGCCCCUCUGCUUGGCGGGAUGUCCAGUCCCGAGGAGAUGGUGACAGACCUUUUCAGUGCAGACAGCCCGUUUGUUUCCGAAAACCUCACCCUGAGAGCCCCGGUGGUGGUGAAGCACGAGGAGGGCGAGUUCCACGUGUUUAAAGACGCGUACCUGAGCCCCGCGGACCCCACGGAGCCCCUCCUGCACGCCUUCAGCCCCCCGCUGCAGGCGGACUGUGAGACCCAGGGCAAAGCGGAGUUGGCGGGGGGCGACCACGCCCAGGAGAUGCUGGCGGAGUACCCUGGCCUCCCCGACCUCAGCCCCCUGGAAGACGCCGUCCUGCCCGUGGCCCCGCAGCCGCAGGCCUACAACGUCCACUUCCUGUCCUCCCUGCUGGCCCCGCACAGGAGUCCCGCCGUCCUGCCCCUGGGCGCCUGGGCCAGGGAAGGAGCCGCCCACCCCGGUGUCCGGGUGAUUCCAGUGGAAAUAAAGGAAGCCGGUGGCGCAGUUAUAAGUAACAACCCGGAGGAGGCAACUUUUCAGAACGCCCUUGGCCCCGAACCCUGUCACACGUUUGAGUCAUCCCAGGAAGCAGAGGAGGCCGCCGGCUGCUCUCUCAAGAAAGACUCUAACCCAAUGGUGAUCUGUCAGUUGAAAGGGGGCACACAAAUGCUGUGUGUAGACAAUUCUGGCACGAGAGAGAUAAAAGCACUUCAUUUGGUUCCUCAGUAUCCAGACCAAAAUAAUUACCUACAGUCAGAUGUCCCUAAACCAAUGACUACUUUAGUAGGAAGAUUUUUGCCAGUCCCAGCAAAAUUAAAUCUCGUUACACAACUCGAUAACGGAGCCUUACCAUCCAUAGUCAACGGGUCUACUGUCCCUUCGGGAUCCACCCUUCCAGGACCACCCAAAAUAUCUUUGGCUGGAGUAACUCUUAGUUCAUGGGACACAAAGUCUAAAAAGCCAUGUAACUGUACCAAAUCCCAGUGUCUGAAAUUGUACUGCGAUUGCUUUGCCAGCGGGGACUUUUGCCACGACUGCAAUUGUAACAACUGCUGCAACGACCUGCGUCACGAAGUCCAGCGGCUCAAGGCCAUCAAGGCAUGUCUCGAUAGAAACCCAGAAGCUUUCCAACCAAAGAUUGGGAAGGGGAAGCCGGGAGACGUGAAGCCUCGACACAACAAAGGCUGUAACUGCAGGAGGUCAGGCUGCCUCAAGAAUUACUGUGAGUGCUACGAGGCCAAAAUUAUGUGUUCUUCUAUUUGCAAAUGCAUUGGUUGCAAAAAUUAUGAAGAAGGCCCAGAACGGAAAACCCUAAUGAGCAUGCCCUACCAUCCGGACGCUGGAGGGUUUGAAGGCAGCCCUCAUUUGUCACCAACUGAAUCUGCAGGACUGCCGCAGUUCAGAAAAGACAGGCGGCCCUCGUGCAUCUCCUGGGAGGUGGUGGAAGGCACGUGCUCCUGCCUGCUGGCCCAGGGCGAGGAGGCCGAGAAGGAGCGCUGCUCGGAACGCCUGGCGGAGCAGAUGAUCCUGGAGGAGUUCGGGAGGUGCCUGUCCCAGAUCCUCCGGAUGGAGUUUCAAUCCAAAGGGUUGGAAGUCGAGUAGAGUUCGGUGGAGAAAACUCUGAAGGCACAGAGACGUUGUCUGGAUGUGCCGGGGGGAGGCGAGCCCGAGUUUGGAAGGGUUGUUUGAGGGGCUGCGGGGAAGGGGGACAGCUUUCCGUCUGCAUCAGGGCGCCGAGGGGGCUGGCGCAGGGGCCGAGGGUCUCGGCGAUCAAAAGCCCCCUUUUUGAGGACGUGCGGACGUGACACGCUGCUGUGUGGCCCUGGGGAGAGAGCGAGGACUCCUGCGAUGUCGGGAGAAGCCUCUGCCCCGACGCCGAGGGAGGGAGGGUUGAGGGCUCUGCGGAGAAGUCUGUCCGUUCCUCCUGACUUCACCCCGUCUGGGCGGUUUUCCUCUGGAGGCUUCUCUGCCUAAAGAGCCACGGUGAGUUUUCACUAGUAGUAUUUUGAAAUUAACUCUCCAGAUGGGCUGCUAAGAUACAACUCAGACUAGAGACGUACUGAAUACCUUGAGGCGCCCCUGAGCGUGGACACUUUCCCAGGGUCUCCCGCAAACUCUCCGUC